AUGAGUAGACUACAGAAGCGAGGGAAGCAAGAGAAGCCUGUAUCUGAUGGGGCUGAGAAGGUUAUUGUGGCUGUUAAAGCGUCUAGGGAGAUUCCAAAGACGGCAUUGAUUUGGGCUUUGACUCAUGUUGUUCAGCCUGGGGAUUGCAUCACGCUCAUUGUUGUUGUCCCUUCUCACAACUCCGGACGGAAACUUUGGGGUUUCACUAAGAGUUUCCCUAUGUUUGCUGGGGAUUGUGCAAGUGGUCACCGGAAAUCACACUCUGAAGCAUUACCAGAGAUUAAGAGUGAUCUCACUGACACUUGUUCCCAAAUGAUUCUCCAGCUUCAUGAUGUCUAUGAUCCAAACAAGAUAAAUGUCAAGAUCAAGAUUGUUUCUGGAUCACCCUGCGGAGCAGUUGCUGCUGAGUCAAAGAAAGCGCAAGCAAACUGGGUGGUACUAGACAAACACCUGAAGCAAGAAGAGAAGCGGUGUAUGGAUGAAUUGCAGUGCAACAUUGUGGUGAUGAAGCGUUCUCAGGCAAAAGUUCUGCGGUUAAACUUGGUUGGAUCACCGAGGAAGGAUGCUGAGAAAAACUCUCCUCUACCAACGGGACCGGAAGUAGAAGCUGACAAACACGCAAAGAACACAAAAGGAGCGUUAGAGUCUGAUAGAGGACUACCUGUAACUCCCACUAGCAGCCCUGAGCUGGGGACACCGUUCACAAGCACAGAAGCUGGGACUUCAUCAGUGUCUAGCUCUGACUUGGGAACAUCACCUUUCUUCCCAUUGGGAAUGAACGGAUACAUGAAGAAGGAUGGAGCAUUGGUCAUCAAGGAGAAUGAUGAUUCCGGCUCUGAAACUGAGAGCGAGAGCCAAUCAUUAGCGUCGACGAGUACGAGAUUCCAGCCGUGGAUAUCAGAAUAUAUCGGCGCUCAUCGCCAGUCAUCCCAGGAGGCAGAGGACAGUUUAUGGAAGAAUGAUGAUAGGGCUCAGAUUUCUACUACAAAGGCUUUGCUUGAGAAGUUCUCUAAACUUGAUGUAGAAGCUGGCUUGUCGUCUAGUCGAAGGAUGGAUCUGGAGUUUAGUGGGAACGUAAGAGAUGCAAUAUCACUCUCUCGGAACGCUCCUCCUGGUCCACCUCCUCUCUGUUCUAUCUGCCAGCACAAGGCGCCGGUGUUUGGGAAACCGCCAAGGCUGUUUUCGUACGCUGAGUUAGAGCUUGCAACAGGUGGGUUUUCACAGGCUAACUUCUUGGCUGAGGGAGGAUAUGGAUCUGUUCAUCGUGGUGUACUACCGGAAGGACAAGUAGUUGCAGUUAAGCAACACAAACUAGCCAGUUCUCAAGGAGAUGUAGAGUUUUGCUCGGAAGUGGAAGUUCUCAGCUGUGCUCAGCACAGAAACGUCGUUAUGCUAAUUGGUUUCUGCAUUGAAGACAGCAGACGGCUCUUGGUCUAUGAAUACAUAUGCAAUGGUUCACUUGACUCCCAUCUCUACGGUCGGCAAAGGGAAACUCUGGAAUGGCCAGCACGGCAAAAGAUUGCUGUUGGAGCUGCAAGAGGUCUUCGGUAUCUUCACGAAGAGUGCAGAGUUGGAUGUAUUGUCCACAGAGACAUGCGUCCUAACAACAUCCUCAUCACUCAUGAUAAUGAGCCACUGGUUGGAGAUUUUGGUUUAGCGAGGUGGCAGCCUGAUGGGGAACUGGGUGUAGAGACACGAGUGAUAGGAACGUUCGGCUAUUUAGCUCCAGAGUAUGCUCAAAGCGGACAAAUCACAGAAAAAGCUGAUGUCUACUCGUUCGGGGUUGUUCUAGUUGAGCUAGUCACUGGCCGCAAAGCCAUUGAUAUCACAAUGCCGAAAGGCCAGCAAUGCCUCACUGAAUGGGCACGUCCGUUACUGGAAGAAUAUGCGGUGGAAGAACUUAUCGAUCCGAGGCUUGGGAACCGAUUUGUAGAAAGUGAGGUCAUUUGUAUGCUUCAUGCAGCUUCGUUGUGCAUACGCAGAGACCCACAUUUGAGGCCACGCAUGUCUCAGGUGUUGCGUAUACUGGAAGGGGAUAUGAUAAUGGAUGGGAACUACGGGUCUACGCCAGGUUCAGAGGCAGGCAACAGAAGCGGGCGGUUCUGGGCGGAUCAUUACAGUGGUCAGAUAACGAAUGAUGGGUCAGAUAGGUUCAGUGAGAGGCUGUCUAUUGAAACAACGCCAAGACUAGCUUUACGGGAGAGGGAAAGAGGUCAGAGACUGGAACCAAACCACAAGUAG